CCGUGAUGACGUCAGGGGGCCGAGCGGGUAUAAGUACGUGAUGACGUCACGCGCCGCCCCUUUCCGCCCCGCGCGCCGCCAGGAUGAAGACCAUUCUCAGCAACCAGACCGUUGACAUCCCCGACAAAGUCAGCGUGUCGCUGAAGGGCCGCACCGUCAUUGUGAAGGGGCCCCGGGGAACCCUGCGGAGGGAUUUUAACCACAUCAACGUGGAGCUGUCUCUGCUGGGGAAGAAACGCAAGAAACUGCGUGUUGACAAGUGGUGGGGUAACAGGAAGGAGCUGGCAACAGUUCGCACAAUUUGCAGCCAUGUACAGAACAUGAUUAAGGGUGUUACACUGGGUUUUCGUUACAAGAUGAGGUCGGUGUACGCUCACUUCCCCAUCAACGUAGUUAUCCAGGAUAACGGCUCGCUUGUGGAAAUCCGAAACUUCUUGGGAGAGAAGUACAUCCGCAGGGUGCGCAUGAGGCCAGGUGUUUCCUGUGCAGUAUCUCAGGCCCAGAAAGAUGAGCUGAUCCUUGAAGGAAAUGACAUUGAAUUGGUCUCCAACUCAGCUGCCUUGAUCCAGCAAGCCACUACGGUCAAGAACAAGGAUAUCAGGAAAUUCUUGGACGGUAUCUACGUCUCUGAGAAGGGAACAGUACAGCAGGCAGAUGAGUAAAACUCUAACAGUUGUCUAGAUCUUGAAACAAACCACCAUGAGACAGCGUAUCAGCAAGUGCUGGAUUGAAGCAUCUGAUACAAAAACUGAACGAGAUGAGAGGUUUAAUAAAAUAAAACCUAUUUCAUA